ACGGGUCAAUGUCUGAGGAGGCUUCGAAAAAUUCGUAAGUGGUGUGGUGUUCGUGUGCACGGUGAGGAAGAGAAAACGUCGUCGUUGAUUGUCGAGGAAUUGGUUUUGCCGCGUAAGUCUAGCUCGCGCCUUUUACCCCUUUCCCGCCGUCAGGCUCGAGACGACGUUCGUAUAGUGGUUUCACGAUUAUCGAAAGCAGAGGUGAACAACGACGGUGACGACGACCUCCCCUCGAGCAACGUCGACACGGACGACGACGAAGACGUCCACGUCGGCGUCAGCACGGUCGAAGCUUGUUUUUCCGUCUAGGAAAGCGGUGUUCGCGACGAAGCGUGCACAAGCCUGGCAAGUCGAUAACGUCGGGCCUGACAAGUCAAGAAGCGCCAGGAGUGACGAGUAGUGACAAGAUUCAAAGUAUAUCGAGAAAGAUAGAGCGAGCGAGAAAGAGUGGUAGUGGAGGAGGUGAGGCAGUAGCGCUUCCCCCGCAUACUCGAAAAGUUCGAGCGCAGAAGUGAGAGAAAACAGUCGAGAGAAUAAGAGAAGCAAGAGAAAGGAAGAAAAGCGAGAGAGUGAGAGAAACGAAAAGAGACGAUUGACUACGCCGUUAGACCGAAAAAGAGAGAACGAUUGGAAGAAGUGUACGAUGUAAGAACGACAAGAGUCGUAUAGGUGUAUCGUCAUUGAGAGAAGAAAAAUUCAAAGUGUUGCGGCUGUUGUAGAAGCCACGGUGGCGAGUUACAUAGAAAGAUCACCAACGACGAAGAAAUCCGACCCGUCAGCCGGAUCAUCGUGGAGUUGUACUAUAUAGGAAGGCAAGCAAGUGCGGCGGUGUGCCUCCACUGGCGAACGUGUACGAACCGUUCCGAAAACGUCAACCCCUGCCUCCCCUCGCGGCAUAGCUCUCCGCAACACUCCGCGCCCCCGUCAGGUUAUUAGGUAGUAGAACCGCACUUCUCGGUGCGUGAUACUCCCUGACAGUCAGCGGUUAAUACGAAAGAUUGUCGCAAAUUGUGUCAAUUCGUGUAGUUGGACGCUAUCGACGCGGCGUAUAUCAUAUUCAUUGGUGGAGAAUCGACUAGAUUCCCCAAGGGAAAAGAGAGCAUCGAGUGAAUCGCGUAUCGCGACGGUCAAGUCUAUCGCGCGAAGUUGCUUGUGCGAACAGAGCGUAUAACCCAGUGUGCGUUGUUAACGACGAACGUUUUGAUUGUGAGAGUCGCUGCCGUCACUACCAUUGCCACGCUACAUCGUCAGCGGUUAACAGGAGCGUGAUUCGUCGAAGGAAGUGUCGAGAAAGUGAUCGAAAAUUUCGGCGGCCACUGUUUUCCAUUUUCUUUAUUUUAGUGAUUCGAUUAAUCAUCGUGAAGGAGCACACUGUUGUCCGACGUGGUUUCCGUUUUCUGGAUCUUGCGCGCGCUUUGCUCGCUCGUAGCUCUUCCCUCCCAUCUAUCCCUCCUACUCCCUCCCACCCUUCCUCUCUUUUUCUUUCUCUCCCUCCAUCCAUCGAUCGAGCGCGGCCGUGGCGUAAUAUAGAAGAACCGAACCGUGCGGACGUGCAUGCGUGCGUGCGAUGUAAUUAUCGUUCGUGCUGUCAUUGAUGUCCGAGGUGGUGUCGACGACGACAAUAACAACGACGACGGCGACGACGACGACGCGCUGCUGGCUAUCUUCACGUGAGGAAGUGCCACGGCCAGCCGAGGCGGCGACCAGCAUAGGAAUAACCAGAAGCGGCGUUUUAUUCUAAAAAGAUUUGAGUGUCAGGUGGCGGUGGAGAAUCGGGUCAAGAAGAUUUCAGAAUGAGCAGCCGACCGAGGACCACCUCCUUUGCCGAUUGCACCAACGCGCCCACGAAUCCACCCCUGGGUGGCAUGAGAGUCAGCAGUCAUCCGGCUGGUGGUGUAACUUUAAAAAAAGGCGGUGUGAUGUAUAAUGCAGAUAGAGAUGGCAACAAAGUCACAACCGUGGUGGCUACACCUGGUGCUGGUCCAGAUCGUCCCCAAGAGAUCUCCUAUACAGACACUAAAGUAAUCGGUAACGGCAGCUUCGGCGUUGUAUACCUAGCGAAACUAUGUGACACGGAAGAACUGGUCGCCAUCAAAAAAGUUCUCCAAGACAAACGAUUUAAGAACAGGGAGUUACAAAUCAUGCGGCGUCUCGAGCACUGCAACAUUGUAAAACUGAAAUACUUCUUCUACUCCAGUGGCGAUAAGAACAUCUUAAACGCAACUAAUCCAGUUUUUCAUGUGGACAAGGACGAGGUUUAUCUGAACCUAGUGUUGGAAUACAUACCUGAAACUGUGUAUAAAGUCGCUCGGCAUUAUAACAAAAGCAAGCAAACCAUACCGAUAAAUUUCAUUAAGUUGUACAUGUACCAACUGUUCCGCUCUCUGGCAUACAUCCACUCGCUGGGGAUCUGUCACAGGGACAUCAAGCCACAGAAUCUACUGCUGGACCCAGAAUCCGGUGUCUUGAAGCUCUGUGAUUUUGGCUCUGCUAAACAUCUGGUCAAAGGAGAGCCUAAUGUGUCUUACAUCUGUAGUCGUUAUUAUCGCGCACCCGAAUUAAUCUUUGGUGCUAUCGAUUAUACCACGAAGAUUGAUGUGUGGAGCGCAGGUUGUGUGGUAGCAGAAUUGUUGCUCGGCCAACCAAUAUUUCCCGGAGAUAGUGGCGUGGAUCAACUGGUCGAGAUCAUCAAGGUGCUCGGCACACCUACACGCGACCAGAUACGUGAGAUGAAUCCCAACUAUACCGAGUUCAAAUUUCCACAGAUUAAGGCGCACCCGUGGCAAAAGGUGUUCAGGGCACGCACACCACCGGAAGCGAUGGAGCUGGUCGCUGGACUUUUGGAGUACACGCCAUCCGGCCGGAUCACACCGUUGGAAGCGUGCGCUCAUCCGUUUUUCGACGAACUUCGGGAGCAGGGGACGCGAUUACCAAAUGGGCGAGAGCUUCCCCCUUUGUUUAACUUUACAGAGUACGAGCUACGAAUUCAACCGUCGCUAAACUCGAUCCUAAAACCGAAGUACAUGCAGACUUCGGAAAAUCCUGGAGGCCAGUCGGAACCGGUCGCGGGGAGUAGCGGUAACUCUAGUGAUAAUAACGUGAACACCAACACGCUGUCCUCUUCAAAGAACACAGACCCCGGCCAGUCGAACAUGGCUUAAGCUGCUUUCUAUUUUUAACGUUUAAUUAAACAACAAAUGAUAGAAAACACGGCGAGAGAAUGAGAAAGAGAGAGGGAGAGGGAGAAAGGGGAAGAGAGGAUGAGAGAAAAGGAGAUAAAGAGAGAUAUAACGAUAAAGAGAGAGAGAGAGAGAGAGAGAGAGAGCGAGAGUGAGAGUGAAAAAGAAAGGAAAAGCCAAGAAUUCGCGUGUUAGAAACUAGCCUUAAAAGAAACGAAAAAAGAAAAAAUUCAAGUACGGUAUAGCAAGGACGAAAAAAAAAAAAAAAAAAAAGAAUAGAGGGAAGAUCGAUAUUCUUCUGAGGAGGAUGUCCAUAGACGAUAUAACAUACACAUAACACAAAGAAUCCCCAAUUGUAAAUUUUUUUGAACUCGAUGCAAAUGGCGAUACCAGUGUGGUAUUUUAAGCUUUGUUCGCUUGAAACACGAACGACGAAAUAUUAUAGGAUUAUUGAAUAAAGAAGAUGAAUAGUUCCCCUCUUUAUAACGAUUUCGCCUGAGGACACCUCGAAUUCUGAGUGGCGUGUGCGAACGCUUGAUUGCCACCUUAUUGCCAAAAACAGCAUAGCAAACAAUUCAAUUCAAUGUAUAUAUAUGUUAUAGGAACUGGCUCGUAACCUCUUUUAAUUGAUAAUUGCUAUAAACAAAGAAAGAAAGAAACAAAACAACAAAAAAAAAAAAAAAAAAAAAAAAGAUAAUAACGAACGCGAACUUUUUCUAGUUGAAGAAAAACCAAACGAUGUGUAAUCUAUUACGAUACACUAUGUCUAGUAGCGCGUUACGUUGCUUGCCUCGUCGUCAUCUCAUAAUUCGACACACACACAUACACACACACACAAACAAACAGAUACACGAUCAUCGCGAUUAUUAAAGAGAUACAAGAGCCAUCUGCCUUUUAACACGGGCUUCGACAAAUUUUAGUGAUUCAAGGAGAAAGAAAUCGCUAGAUUCUCAGCUUUCGCGAAGAACAGUAUGGAUAGGAACCGAGACUCGAACGUUUCCUCUUGAAUGCGUAACAACGAACUGGAAAAAGGGAAAUGACGAUUACAACACUUAUCAUUAUAUUGUAUUAAAGAACACGCAUGUUACAUUGAUAAUAUUCUUAUUGUGUUCAAGAUUCAAGCGCCGAUCGAUGCUGUCGUAACUGAUAGGGAAAUUUUCACGCGGAGAAUGUCACGAUUGAACACCAAACACACACACAUAAACACACACGUUAGUAAUUUGCGUGCACAAUCUCUAUUUAUCGUAAGACGAAUUUCCGCGACGUGAGACAUGCUGCGUAUACCAGUACGAUUAGCAGAGAAAAAAAGG